AUUUAACUUACUUGACUUCUAAAAAUGUAAGCUGCUUUUAAUCAGGUUGGAAAUUUAGGAUAAGCUGUGCUUGUAUAGAUGAAUGAAUAAGCAUAAAACUUAAUUGAAGCCAUGUCUAGUAGUUGUUUAGAUAUUUUGGGUUAACAGGAUGGUAUCUUUAUAAAACAAAAGUUUGAAUUGUUUGAAGCCCUUACAGGUAUGAUUUCUUAGUCAUUCUUAGGUUUUGAAACACCAAAUGUAUAUAAGGUAUAUCCUGCAAACGAUUAAGGUAAGAAAAAAAAGCAGAAGGCUUUAUUUAAAUGCAAAGAAAAGUCAUCAACAUGUGCUAGAAUUUGUCUUCCGUAAGUUAUUAUAUUUAUAAGUGAAUUUUAGAGGUAAUGCUAGACCUUUUGAGAUGAAAAUCAGUAAUUAUGGAUGCAAAGACUUCUAACCUGCUAUGGCAAAAAUGUUUAUGAAAGACGAUAAGAGAAUAGUUUUUAAGUUCAAGAGAGAAUAUUAAUGCACAUGUUUGUGUUUCAACAGGUAUCAAUUAUAUAAAAUUAUAAAAUAGACCUCGACUUGAAGUUUUGUAUGUAGAGAAUGAUUAAAAUAAGAAACUAGGUACAAUUGUUAACCCUUGGUAUUUCUGUAAUAUUGGUUGUCAUGUUCUCGACAUAAAUGAUAAUCUAAGAUAUAUAGUAGAAGCUAGUUGUUGUUAGACAUAUUUCUGGUGUAGAUGUCCAUGUAAUUCAUGUAACAAAGUUGAGUUUGUAAUUAAAAUUCCAAAUGGUGAAGUAAGAAUUGAUCAUUUAAUUUUUUAUAGGUUGUAGCUCAUUUAAUGAAAAAAGGAAAAGAUUGUUGUAAGAAUAUGAUUGGAGAUGCUGACAAUUUCAGUUUAAUAUUCCCUAAAGGAGCUACAAAGGAAGACAAAGCAUUGCUCCUUGCUGUAACUCUAAUGAUGGACUACAUGUACUUUGAAGAUAAAUAGGGGGCUGAAGCUUCUGUUGGACCAGCUUGAGUUAUCAUUAUACAUUGAAC